AUGGUGGACCAUGCCCCACUUGACAUCUUCUUGCUGGCUGUCUACUGCACCACCUUCAUCCUGGGGGCACCCUCCAGCGCUGUGGCACUCUGCAUAUUCUUCAGGGAGCUGAAGCGCAAACCCACGCCCAAUGUCAUCUACAUGAUCAACCUCUGCAUCUCCGGUGGGCUCUUUGUUGCUUCUCUGCCAGUCAAGAUGGUGGCGACAGUGUGGGGUGAGUGGGCGCUGCCCAUGGUCUUCUGUGCCAUCUACCACGUCUUCCACUUCAGCACCAACUACGCCUGCGUCCUGUUCCUCACGGCACUCAGCAUAGGCAGGUAUCUGAGCAUCGCCUUCCCCAUCAGGUACAAGAUGAACAAGAGUCCCCGCUACUCUUGUGUGGUCUGCUUCGUUUUCUGGCACCUUGUCAUUGCUCACCUCGCCUUCAUCUUCCUGGUGGAGGCGACUGGGUCACAGGAUCACCUGUCCCAACUGGACUUGCUGCUGCCCCUCAGACAGAAGCUUGUAUUCUUCUUCUUCCUGGCCCCCUUGGUGCUCACCUCCUUCGCCAACCUCGGCUGCUUCUGGGAGCUCAACAGGAGCCAACUCCCUCGGCGGGAGAAGCGUAAGGCCCUCUGGGUGGCCUCCAACACCUUGACCACCCUCGUGGCAUGCUUCGCCCCCUACAACACUUCCCACCUGGUUGGCUUUGCCCUACGCGAGAAUGUCAACUGGCAGAGGGAAGCCCUGCUGCCCAGUAUGGCCAGCGCUUUCCUCAACCCACUGGUCUUCUUCUGCUCCUCCUCUGCUCUGCAGCGGAGCACCACCCAGUGCCAAGCAGUGCACCAACAGCAUCAAGCAGAGCUUGCUGCGCAUCUGGCACAGUGCGAUCCCACAGGAGAAGGGACUGAACGGAGAUCUCACGCAAACAUCGGACCCAGUUCCAUGCGGAACAUCGUCUCUAGGGAUCGGAUGUGA